AUGAAUGAAAAAGUUGUCGUUUUGUUUAUUUUAGGAAUGGGAGCUGUUAGGCUCUAUGAAGACUAUGUUGAUGAGGUUGAUAGGGACGACGAUGACGAAGAAGAUCGGUUUAAAAAGCGAAAGAUCAGCCGACGUGAUGUUAGCGAUGAUCCUUUGCCACCUGCUAAUACUUUUGAGACGGUUGUAGAGGUCCAACAAAAUCGAUUUUCAGAAAAAUUGAUGAAAGCUUGUGAUAAUAUUGGUCCUCACAAUUGUUCUUGCAGAUAUACUGAUGCAGUAUCACUCUCUUGCGCUCACAAUUUCUGCGAAAAAUGCAUUCUUGACCAUCUUGACAAAAACCCAAAAUGUCCUAUUUGUGACAAGCCUGCAAAUAAAAAUAACGUGCAACCUGAUGCAAAGCUAAGACAACUAAUAAAUGGCCUCUCCUCUUGUCCAUCAACUUGCCAUGAUUGCAAAGAACAAACGGAACAAUUAAAGAAAUGUGCGGAUUGUAACAAUUAUAUAUGUGAAACUUGCCAUGGUAUUCAUUUCAAUAAGCUGAAACUAGAAAUCGAAAAUUGGUUUAAAGAAAAAGCACCACAAAGGAUGAGUGAGUUAGAUGGCUACCGUAAAAGACUUUCUGAGAUUGAAAUUCAUAUUGACGAGUUUACGAAAAUUACGGAGUCAAAUUUGUCGCAGCACCAGGCAAAACUGAUGCAAAUAUUAGAUAACAUGCAAGGCCAUAGAGAAGAUGUUGAGUUGGCCCUAUUGCAACAACUCAGUGAGGCAAACAAUCUUCUGAGAAGAACGGAAGAUCUUAUCAGUGAAUCGUCUAAUGAAACCAUUUUAGAAUCCAAUGUAGUGAGCGAUCUUCUUUUAGAAGUGGACAAGUUUGAGUCCAGAUUCAACAAGUUUAGAAGCGAUAUGAGUGACCGACCGCUGGAAAUACCACUGACCGAACAUAAUAUCCAGUGUUUACGUGAGCUGAAUAUUCUUGAAACGAUACCGCUAAAUGAUCAAUCUAUCUCUUCAAAGACAAAGAAAGCACCUCAAGGACAUUAA